GUGGUACAUGGACACGUGUUGACGAGGUGCCUCGUUGAACAGUCACCCACGCUUUCCUUCCACGCUUAUUGUUUCUCUUACGCCAUGCCGCAUGAAUCUUGGUUUCUUCGCUCUCCGCGCCUCGUAAUCUCCGCUUUUUACACCACGACGACUACGACGCGGCCGCUUUGACUUUAUUUUUGAUGUUGCCCACCUCGCGGACACCGAUCCGUGGCUAAACGUGUGGCCGCCGCGAAAUUUCAUGUCGGUUCACGUGUCGAUCGUUUGUGUUACGAGGUUUGUUUAAUCGGAAACGUGCAUGGAGAGGAGAUUUGUUGGAACACGAUUUCAACGGAAAAGUAACACCAGCACCGCUGCUACAGUAUACAAUACUUAUUCCGUUUUAAACCAUGCAGUAUGCAAUUUUAAACCAUCUAUGCUACUGUUUUUAUAGUGGUCUUGUCAAACAACAUUUCACGAAAUUGUGAAACUACGUGAAUUCAAAGUGUUCGUAAGAAGAAACUUUCUUUCUGAAGAGUUCUAAAGAAUUAAAAUUAUAAUCAUCGAAAUACAGAACAGAAGAAAAGAAAUGGAAGCUACUGAGUGGAAUAUUACUAGGAAAAGUGACACAAAUGAUCGAAAUGAAUGCCCGAAAGAAAUAACAAAGAUGUUCCAGAAUUAAAGAGAAGGAAAGCAAAGAAGUUGAAACCUUUCAGGAAGCUUCUCAUUGAUUCCUAUAAAAGUAAAUAACGAAUCAAUCAGAACAACUACGUAAAUGAAUUUCUAAAGAUUUAAUACAAAUGUCACUGUAAAUUUCACGUUUAAUGAAAUAUCGACAAUUUCUUUGUAAGAAAACAGAUUCAGUAAAUAUUAAAGAUAUUCGGAAAACUGACAAGUACAUAAUUAGGUAUUAGUUUUAUCAAAACUUUUCUGUGCCAUCUGGAAACGUCAGCUCUGAAUAUAUAACGAAUGCAAUAUGGUAGCGCACUAAGCAAAGUGAUUAAGUCGGACCACAAAGGAGAAGUAGACUGUUACGUCUGCCAAAUAGGAACUCCAGGUAUUCAAAGGAUCGAGCAAAAUGGCGAGUCGAAUGAAAGCGUUAUACAAUCAGGUAAUCUUCGAGAGGCGAAUUCUUCUUGGUUGUACUGUUCUCGUUGGCCUGUCAGUGUGCAUAUGGUCGAUUGCCAUUGGAACCGAUCACUGGUUCACAGUCGAAGCACCGGAUGAAGGAGGUUUACCCCUUGGGGAUCCAAGCAAAGGUAGACGAUUAAUCUACAAGCAUAUGGGUCUCUGGAGAGGUUGUGUGGAAGGGAUCAUGCCACAGCCAGAAAACUCCACCAAAAUGAUCCCCUACAAGGAGUGCAAGAAUCAGGACAUGUUCCCGACUGAGAAGCAGUUCAAGUUGAACCCAGGAUUAAACACCGUAGUCAAUUAUUCGAGGACACAGGCAUCGUUCGCGAUAAUCAGCUUGUUCGUGAUGAUAAUGGGCUUUUCUUUCUCGAUCUACACGUUUCGUAAUCCACGAUAUAUGUUCAAACGAUUGGCUGGUGGAAUACAUUUCAUUAGUGCCGCUUGUAACAUGGUGGUGAUACAAGUGCUUCUGUCUUCGAUCGAGUUCGAAAGCAAACAUGUACACACGACAUUUCCAAAGGGUGCAACCAUGAGGUACGAUUUUUCUCUGAUUCUGGCCUGGAUAGUAUUUCUCUGCAACCUGUUUGCGGGUUGUGCCUUUAUGGUGUUCUCCAGGAAGCGGAAGAGGGACAAGGCACCGACGGAAGAAAUUGCGAUGGCUGACGAACCGACCAUAAUCGGUCGUUGAUUCGUCUUUGAUUAUUUCCUAAUAAUUGAUAAAUUCGUCGUACGUUGUUGGAAACUGUCGCCUGUGCGAGAGGAAAUUUGUGAUUCAUGGAGUGAAUUCGAUGAAAGUAGAAGACGCGAACGUACUACAUAUCGUGCGCAAGCUCGUAGCUGUAAGUGUCUUAAGGAAACGUUUUAAGCAAAUGGAUAAAGUGCUGGAUGCAUUUUGUGACAAAAAGAAGAAGAAAUUGGAUAUCGGUGCAUUUGUACGGUAAUUUUAAUUCUGAUUAUCUUUAUGGUUAAAUAACUAACUUUCGCAUACAUUUCUCUAUCCAGUUCGUCAACAUUGUUAACAUUAUUGUUAAAAGACAGAACAUAAAUGUACUUCGAUAUUCAAUUUUCCAUCUCCCCCAGGUGGUUGGAUUAAUCGAUGCUAUUGUAUCAAUACUCUAAGAGAAAAAUGUAUUGAACAUUUUGUAAACAGGAUAGAAAUAAUUUAUUGACAACAGAUACUAUUUUUCUAUCAUAUCGGAAUAUGGAAGUUCAGAAUACUGGGACCAUUUAACAGAAAUUGAAAUAUCCCUCGUCGAAUAUCUGCCAAAACGAGCGUAAUAAAUGUAACGCAAAUAAAAAUUCUACAAUCAAGUUGUUUGCAAGGCGUUGAUAUUAAAACUCGGCCCGAAGCAAAGCUUUCAAUGGACGAUUACACGCGUAUUUGAAUAAAUGGUAACUGAGUACGAAAAUAAGAUAUUAUAUACAACAAUCAGAUUCUGAGAUAACCACCAAAUUAUUUAUUUUUUUACACGGAAGUGUAUAUUUUUCUACCUUCUUCAACAAUAUACUCGUGAACUUUAAAGACUAGAGAUAUAGUAAACGAGAAAAUAUUUUGAAUCUUCUCGACGUAAUUUGCGAUAUGUAUAUGUAACAAUGUUGAAAAGACAAUAUUUCUCUAUAAAUAGACAUUCGAUAUUGUAGGUGAAACUCGGUGUCGAAAUUAUGCCCAAAGAAGAAGAUAGAUAUUUAGAAAUAGGAAUGCCGAAAUAAUUAGUAGUUACCCAUAUUCUCUGUGCAAUCUAUCACGUCUAGAAACUAUUUUGGAAUAACCUUAUACCAUAAGUGAAAGCUAUUGUAUUAAUUAAACUCAGAGAACAACGUUCAAUUAUGAAACUUCACCAACCAGCGAUUUUGGGGGAGUUAGGAAUGGAAUUAUUUCGAGAUACACGAGAAUAUUACAAGUUCUUGGAUAGAAUGGAGUUAUUGUUACUUACGCUAAUUAAAACAAGUUUAAUUAGCAAUUGACUAAUUGCUAAUAAGUGCGGUAUAUUCGUAUGUAAUAUACGUAUAAUUUUGAAAAUCUCGAUGUUUAACAGAAGGAAGAGUGUCGCUUAUUUUUGCCAAGAUCCAUAAUUUCAUUACGCGUCUAAAAAAUAAUUUAUGUACUUAAAAAGCUUACGCUUAAGUUAUUUAAUUAUUAUUACAUAACAUUAGUUAUUUAAUUAAGGAAUAAUAAUUAAAUUAUUUUUUAUCAAAAGCAAACAAUUAAGAUGCGUAAAAGACUUAAGGAUCUGGGCAAAGUCACGAUGAUUAUUAGGUGAAUUUACGAUUCUAGUCAUCAGAGAUGCUACACCAAUUGUACAAUGACUAAGUGAAUGAAAUAUUUGCACAAAAGUAUGCUUAAUAUCAAGAUAUUCCGC